GCCUGAUGUCACAAAUCAGUGACAUCAGAACCACUGCCACCAGGCCUGUGGGCAGGAAUCCCUCUGCUUGCUUGUGCUGAGCCCAGGUGGAGCCGUGGCAGAGCGAUGCUGCUGAGAAGCACAUCCAGCCCUAGCUGUAAGCAAGUCACAGCUGCGCAGGAAGGGCCUGCAGCAAAGGCAGCACCAGACAAAAGCCAUUCAAAGCCGAUCAGGAACAGGCAUGCAUCACAGACCAAGGGUUACCUAGAGGUGGUGAAGCGAACUGAAGCUGUAGUUAUAGACAUGGGCACGGGUUACUUUAAGUGUGGCUUCGCAGGGGAACCGUGGCCUUCCCAUAUCGUUUCACCAGCUGGUAACCACGUACAGGAAACCAAGGGCAAACAAGAAGAAACCUUUAUUGGAAAAGUGCUUCAGAACACCUGCAUACCCUUAAAACUCAUCAGCCCAUUAACACACGGCAUAGUGGUGGAUUGGAAGUCUGUCCAAGAUAUUCUGGAGUGUAUUUUCCAGACGGAGAUGCAGAUUCAGCCAGAGGACCACGCUGUCCUGAUGUCAGUGCCUCCCCUGUGUUCCACUGCUGACAACAAGAAGUAUGUGGAGAUGAUGUUUGAAGGCUUUCACGUGCCUGCUGUACACCUUGCCUACCAGUCCCAGUUAUCCAUGUACUCUUACGGAAAAACCUCAGGUCUCGUGGUGGAGAGUGGCCAUGGUGCUUCGCACGCGGUUCCCAUCUACGAAGGUUAUGUUCUGCGCAGCAUCACAGGCAGCGUAGAUUAUGCUGGCUUGGACAUAACAAAUUACCUCAUGCAGCUACUACACGAGUCUGGAUACACGUUCACGGAAUACCAGCUAAACAUCAUAGAAGAUCUCAAAGAGAGGUGUUGUUACACUUCUCUGGACCUCACACAGGACUUGAAUUUGCCUCUUAAGAAACAACAGACUGAUUACGAGCUGCCAGACGGGCACGUCAUCACAGUAGGCAAAGAGAGAUUCCUGUGUGCUGAAGCGCUCUUCAAACCAUCCCUGUUCGGAUCACAGCAACCCGGGCUUUCACAGCUGACACUCGGCUGCCUCAAGAACUGUGAUGAUGGCAUCAAAAAAAGGCUAGUGAGAAAUGUCCUGCUGUGUGGUGGCAGCACCAUGAUGGAAGGUUUUCCUGACCGCUUCCAGAGUGAACUGAGCAGGAUGUGGCCUAGUGACAACGUCCUCAUAAUGGCAUCACCUCAGAGGAAGUCUUCUGUCUGGAUUGGUGGGUCGAUCCUGGCCUCGCUCUACUCUUUCCAGAAGCUUUGGGUUUACAGGAGGGAAUAUGAAGAAGAGGGUCCUUCCUGCAUUUUUAAGAAGUGCUUCUGAGGGGGACACUGGCUAUCCUAAAACUAUUUCUGAAAAGGGUAUGUGAUUCAAUUCAAGAGCAUCUCCCCUCUAUCCCUUGCUGUAGUUAUAUUAAGAAAUCUUUGCUAGAGCUGUAUUAGUUUUGACAG